CCAAUUUAAGAAAUGAGGUUGGUUUGAACUUUAAAUAUCUUGGUGUUCAGGUCUUGGUCUUUUAUUGCUUCUGGGUUUUUUAGUAGGGUUUAAGUGUUGUUACUUAGAAAAGGGCAGAUCGAACAUCGAAGACAUCGAUGGAGAUAGGAAAGCAAAAAACAUGGUCUUUCUCAUAUACACAGAUCCCUAUGGAAUGCAGGAAUGCAGGAAUGCAGGAGGCAUACCCAACAUUGCUCCCUGAAACUCAUUCGUUUUGUUUAGUUUAAAGGGUCUUGUUUUGUUUUCUUUAGAGCUUAGAGAGCUUUUCAGAGAGAGAGAGAGAGAGAGAGAGGGGAGUGCAUAGGUUCAGGAAUUGGGUUUGUUUAGCUACAUGGAUAUAUUUCUUCCAUGAGUGGAGUGCUGCUGCUAGAAAACAAAAGAAGCAGUUUUCAAAUGGAGGGAAGCAAGAAAUCUUGGAAUGAUUAGAUUAUUUGCUUGCCAAUGAUUGAGUUGCCUUGCAGCACGAGAUCCUGCUAAGAAUAUUAAGAAGUGUGAAAGAGAGAGAAAGGGGAAGAUGAAGUCCAUGAAUAAUGAUAACAGCAACAUCAAUAACUGGUUGGGUUUCUCUCUCUCGCCCCACAUGAACAUUGAAGUUCGUCCAGAAUCCCAUCAUCAUCAUCAUCAUCACAAUCAUAAUCCAUCACAACCUCCCUCUGCGGCUGUUUCUACUGCAGUUCCAACUAGCUUCUACCUUUCUCCUCCUCAGUUAAACAGCUCAGGAAUCUGUUAUGGGGUUGAUGGAGAAAAUGGUGGGUUCUACUCUCACUUGUCCGUAAUGCCACUCAAGUCUGAUGGUUCUCUUUGUAUCAUGGAAGCUCUUACCAGGUCACAUAAUGAAGGGUUGGUGCCAACUUCAUCCCCCAAGCUCGAAGACUUCUUAGGUGGUGCAUCCAUGGGAACUCAUCAGUAUGGAAGCAAUGAAAGAGAAGCCAUGGCCCUCAGUUUGGACAGUAUGUAUUACCAACAAAAUUCAGAAGCUGAGACCAACAGACACAACUUUCUCCAAGAACCCCCAUUUAGGCAUCAACAGCAGCAGAUGCAAGUUCAACAGAACCAAUAUUUCUCUGGACUAACAGCCCACGAUAUAUUCCAGUCACCGCUGGAGGAGGAACAGAAGGAAGCACAUCUUGCAGACUGCAGUCUUCAGCUUCCUCCAAUGGCCGAGGAUUCAAAUAUUCCAGGCUUGAAGAGCUGGGUCUCUAGGCAGUAUUCAACCAACCAGGCAUUGGAACAAAGAAUGACUAGUUGCGUUAGUGAAGAUGGAGCAGGGAAUACCUCUGUUGGUCCAAUGGGCUAUGGGGAUUUGCAGUCUCUGAGCUUGUCUAUGAGCCCUGGUUCUCAGUCAAGCUGCGUGACAGCCCCACAGCAGAUUUCUCCCACUGCAAUAGAAUCUGUGGCUAUGGAAACAAAGAAGAGAGGGUCUGGAAAGGUGGGUCAGAAGCAACCUGUUCAUCGGAAGUCCAUUGACACCUUUGGACAGAGAACCUCUCAGUAUAGAGGUGUUACAAGGCAUAGAUGGACCGGUAGAUAUGAAGCCCAUCUGUGGGAUAAUAGUUGUAAGAAGGAAGGGCAGAGCAGGAAAGGGAGGCAAGUUUAUCUGGGGGGUUAUGAUAUGGAAGAGAGAGCUGCCAGAGCCUAUGAUCUAGCCGCGCUUAAGUAUUGGGGUCCUUCUACCCACAUCAAUUUUCCUUUGGAAAAUUACCAGGAAGAACUUGAAGAAAUGAAAAACAUGAGCAGGCAAGAAUACGUUGCUCACUUGAGGAGGAAAAGCAGUGGUUUCUCGAGGGGCGCUUCGAUGUACCGAGGGGUGACAAGACAUCAUCAGCAUGGGAGAUGGCAAGCUAGGAUUGGCAGAGUUGCAGGAAACAAAGACCUUUAUCUUGGGACAUUCAGCACCCAAGAGGAAGCAGCUGAAGCCUAUGACGUUGCAGCAAUCAAGUUUCGAGGUGUGAAUGCAGUCACCAACUUUGAUAUAACGAGAUAUGAUGUCGAACGGAUCAUAGCGAGUAAUACUUUGCUUGCUGGAGAACUUGCCAAGCGAAGCAGAGAUACAGAACCGAGCGAGUUUGUUGAUCACUCUGCCUCCCAGCAACCAGCCAUUUACGUUGAACCAAUUGAUCAGAAACCCAUGAAUUACAGGAACCCAUCUUUCUCAGGAGGGGCCCUACACGAUCUGAUUGGGAUGGAUCAUCAUGAUGGGGUAAAUUCGGCUCAACAAGCGGAAGACUCCCCUAAGCAAGGGGCCUACUUGUCCAAUCCAUCGUCUCUAGUGACCAGCUUGAGCAGUUCCAGAGAAGGCAGUCCUGAUAAAAGUGGGCUCUCGAUGCUCUUUGCGAAAUCCACUCCGGCAUCAAAGCUCGUUGGGUCCACUGCCACUAUGAAUGCUUGGAUCCCAUCCGUGCAGCUGAGGUCUUCAAUUGCCAUGGCUCACUUGCCUGUCUUUGCCGCUUGGACGGAUUCUUAAGCUUUAUCUGCUUUGUUUAAAAAACCCAUCUUUCCCUGUUUAAAGUUUUGUAAGUUUCGUGGAGAGAAGGGAAAAAAAAAAAACUGAAGAGAAAAGAAAAGAAGGGGCAACAAAGAGAACAAGAGAGGUAAAUUGACGAUUUGAAUGAAGGUCAAGGUAGGACCAUUAAUCUGUAAAACAAAAGCUAGAGAAUUGAAAAUUUCUGAGGCGGCCAUUCUGGCCAUGUUGGAAUGAAAGACUUUGCAGAAUUGGUUGAAGCCAGCCAUUAA